AUGCCACUGCAAUAUGCUUCAGACUUCCAGGACAAUAUAUACAUAGUUGGACAGGUCAUCAUGGCUAUUGAAACCGAAUGCAGUGCGGAUCGUCCUUAUAUUGUUGGAGAAGAUAAUUUAAUUGAAGCAUUGAAAGAGAGCAUGAGCAAAAAGCUUGGCCCUGCUGCUAAAUCACCCUUGACUGUCAGAAGCUGCAUCUUCAAAGUUCCCCAAGUGCUCCGGAGGCAUAAGCCAGAGGCAUAUGAACCUCACGAGAAAGGCAUCAUUGAGUUUGGGAAAGGAGCCCGUGACUUUUAUGAAGAACCACUUGACUUUAACGAUAAAGAGUUCAUGGAAAUAAUGAUACUUGAUGAAAAGGAAGAAAAAGAGAUUGAACCGGAAAUUCAGGAAAUUCCUGCAGCAACAGCUCUCUCAGAAGCAGGAGUUAAAUUUGAAAGGGGCUCGGAUAAUAAUCUAAUGAACAUCAAAUUUAAAGAUGGGGUUUUAACAAUUCCAGAACUAGCAGUUGCAGAGUUGACCGAACCAUUAUUCAGGAACCUCAUCGCCUUUGAGCAGUGCUAUCAUGGUCGUUCUCAGCAAAUAACAUCUUACGCCGUUUUCAUGGACAAACUCAUCAAUUCCGACAAGGAUAUAAAGCUUCUUUCUAAGAAAAAAAUCUUAGCUAACUGGCUGAGCGUCGAAGAUGGUUCUAACUUCUUUAACAAGCUUUACACUGACACCGUUGUCAAAGAGUUCCACUAUGACAAACUCUGCGCUGAAGUGAAUAAAUAUUACCAGGUUGGAUGGCACAAGCAGUUAGAAAUAUUGAGGCGCGACUACGUUGCUAACCCCUGGACAAUCAUUUCUUUGAUUGCAGGAAUUAUCCUUCUGGUUCUUACCUUAUUGCAGACCAUAUUUACCAUUUAUCAAUAG